AUGGGACAUAGAUGUUGUGGGAAACACAAAGUGAAUAGAGGGCUUUGGUCUCCUGAAGAAGACGAGAAGCUUCUUCGUUAUAUCACCACGCAUGGCCAUCCCAGUUGGAGUUCCGUUCCCAAGUUUGCCGGGUUGCAAAGAUGUGGGAAGAGUUGCAGAUUAAGGUGGAUAAAUUACUUGAGGCCUGAUUUAAAGAGAGGUUCAUUUACCGCGGAGGAAGAGCAGAGUAUCAUCGAUGUUCAUCGUAUUCUCGGUAACAAAUGGGCUCAGAUUGCUAAGCAUUUACCUGGACGCACUGACAAUGAAGUCAAAAACUUUUGGAACUCAUGCAUCAAGAAGAAGCUUCUUUCUCAAGGCUUGGACCCUUCCACUCAUAACCUCAUGCCUUCACACAAAAGAUCUUCUGUUUCUUCUAGUAGUAAUAUUCCUAAGCCAAGCAAGAAGAAGUCCAUCAUGACAAACACAAAGUUUGAUCUUUCAACCACUGCUUUCUCCAUCACAAACAUCAAUCCUCACAGUUCCACUAAACAAAACAGAGUUAAAUCUCCUAACCAGACCCCAGUCCCCUCUCAAACUAUAAUCCCUAUCAAUGAUACCAUGUCAACUCUUUUAGAUGAUGAGAAUGUGAUUCCUAACUGGUCAGAUGUUGAUGUAAUGGCGCCAAUCCAUGAAGAGGCUCCUAUGUUUUCAAGUGACAAGGCUGUAGUGGGAGAUGAUGAUGAUGAUAUCAACAUGGACAUUUUAUUUAAUACGCCUUCUUCUACUUUUGAUAAUGAUUUUGCUUCCAUUUUCUCUUCUGCAAUGUCUAUCGAUUUCAAUCCCAUGGAUGAUCUUGGCUGGACCUUUUAGUUUUACACUGUCUCUACUAUAC